AUGAAAUCUCAGGUGACAGCCUCUGGGAAACCUAGGCAACGCUCAUCCCUAGCUUGUAACCUAUGCCGAACAAAGCGAAUCAAGUGUGAUGGUCAACGCCCCAUCUGUACAACAUGCAUCACAAACGGCGAGCACUGUGAAUACACAAGCCAGGAUAGCAAUAGAAAGCCCCCAAGUAAACGCUACGUUGAAGCACUCCAGCAACGUAUAAGAAGCCUGGAGUCACAGCUUGAGAAAUACCAAGGGGCGAAUGCUUCUAAAGAUGUUGACGAGUCGUCGCGUCUGGAGGAAUCAUGUGACAACUCAGAAGACGACUCCCUUUCUGACGUUCCCAACUCAACGCACCGAUCACCAACGAGAGACAUUAGUGACAGACUCGGUGCUCUCAACAUUGGCGAAGAUGGCCAGAUCCACUACUUUGGCUCGCGGAGUAACUUCUCUCUACUCAAGAAUAGCCCUGCUGCAAGCUCUACAGUGUCAUCUCGUGAACUCGAGGAGCAGGCUGCACGUACACUCGACUGUCUAGGUCUGCGAGUAGAGGUAUCCGAUGAGCUGCGCGAUCACCUCCUCGAACUGUUCUGGAGCUGGCAAAAUACCUGGCAAUAUAUCGUCGUCAAGCAGCCCUUUCUUGAUGACCUUCUCAUCAAUCAUACAGAGCAAUAUGCUACCCCAUUGUUACUAUCGGCUGUUCUUGCUCUUGCUUCACGAUACUCAGACCGCGAUGAGUUACGGUCAGAUCCUCUUGAUCCUAAUACUGCGGGAAAUGCGCUGGCUGAGCAGGCCAAGAUGAUUUUGUUCUAUGAGAGCCAGGCACCCAAGGUCACUACCAUUCAAGCAACGGCAUUACUUUGUCUUCGUGAGAUAGCUACGGAUAAGGAAGCACUUGGGUGGUUGUAUUGCGGAAUGGCAGCAAGGAUGGCCUUUAACCUUGGACUGCAUCUAGAUCGUACCCAUUGGUGCGAGACAGGCCAUAUUACCGAGCAAGCAGCUGAAGUUGGGGCAACUGUAUGGUGGAGUUGCUACGUGCUAGACAAAUUAUUCAACAUUGGCCUUGGUCGGCCGUCGACUAUACAAGAGAAUGAGAUAUCAGCUGCCCUUCCUUCACUUGAACACAGCGCAGAGCAUGAGCCUUGGUCUAAUCAGCAAACAUCCUUCCCGAAAGGUCAUAUAAUUUCAAAUGUCCGCGCCACGAUUGAACUAUUUCGCAUCACGGGAUCUCCCCUUGACGAGAUUUACCGCCCAAGUAGCCGGAGACUAAGAGCUCACACCCGAGAUCUGGUAACAAAGACACAUGUAGAACUGAUGAAGUUUCAGACUAAUCUACCGAGUUGCCUCCGACUUGUGCCGUCUCCUCUAUCACCCACUCUGCCACAUGUGUAUCAGCUUCAUCUACAAUAUCAUGUUGCUAUCAUUUUGUUACAUCGGCCCUUUAUUGGAGUGAGGGGUCAUGCGUCAGAUCCUGGAGGAUUUCAUCCUAGAGAAGGAUCUACUCAUCUCGUCGAAUGCAGCCAGUCUGCUCAAAUGAUUAGUACAAUCUUAAGAUUGUACAAAAAACACUAUACAUUGCGUCGGAUACCCAUAUCAUCCAUCCACUGUGCUUUUACAGCCUCUAUAAUUCUGCUGCUCGAGGCAACCUCACCUGAUCCGAAAAGUAAAUCGCGGGCGAUUGCUUCGUUGAACAUUGUAGUUGAAGCAUUGAUCGAUAUGAGCACAGCGUGGGCUUGGAGUCAACGUGCACUCCAAGCAAUCCAGAAACUGGCCCGAGAGUGGUCGGUGUGUGAAAGUGCAUUGAUGGCAGUAGGAAUUGAUGACACGGCACCUUCUGUUGAGGAUGCACGGCCAGGUGAAACUUGGGACCCGAAUACUGGUAUCCCUAUGUGGACACUCCAAGGUCUUGGGGGUUUUGAUCUUGAAAUUCCCUUUGUUGGCGUGGGGGGUGAGGGCCUUGAGUACGAGGAUUGGAUCGGGACACUUUUCCAUGAAGCACAAUUUUCGGGUGGAGGACAUGAUACAUAG